CAGCAGUGUGCGGUGGGUGGAGUUAAAGAUGCCGCGGGCACCGCUCGGAGAAGUUGACGCCCUCACACGCGGCGAAAGCCGUGCGUAAUAACAGGUGUGGCCGCCGCCGCCGCCGGUGAGGAAGGAUGCUCGAGCAUGAGGCGGGAGGUGCGGACAUGCGGCUGGUCCGUCGGAUGGGCGCGGGUAUGAAGAUCCAGGCCGGCGGCGAGCAGACGGGCUGCAGCAGGGUCGGCGAAGCCCAGGACAACCAGCUGAUGUGUUCGCAGUGUCAGGACGAGUCGGUGCGGGUUUGUCCGGGGAGUCCGCGCAGUCCCCGUCGCGCCGUCGCGACGCGCCUGUCGUCCGGAUCCGCAGACCGCGAGCCCAGCAGUAGCAGCUACAAUGCCUCUUCAGGGACUUUCUACAGCUGCGUCAGUCAAAUCACCAUCGGGUUCGAGCUCGGGGGUCAAGUGGCUAUCGGGUUCUCCCACUGGAAGAGUCCUUUCCCGGCGAGCGGGCACAAUCUCCCCAGUCCGGACUGCGUUCACUCUGAGGCCUCCGCCGUCCCGCCCGUCGGCGAGCACCACGAGCCCGUGUCCUGCCCGGCGUCGCUGUCCAUCACCCCGCUGCCCACGUACAGCGCGAGCCAGGAGACGCUCUGUGACAGCAGCACGAGUGUGAGUUUAUCUCUACAUGAGUCUGAGCCCCAGCGGCGGAGCCCCCACCGACGCAGAGUCCCGCCGCUGCCCUCGGCCUCCGGGUACCAGGCGGCGGACCGACCUCUCGUCUUCCCCUCCUUCGGUAAAGCAGACACCAUGGAGGAAUCCUCUGCUGAAGCGCCGGACUCCAGCACUCAAGAUAAUGCGCCCCCCCUCGCCGUGAAGGACGUUAAUGUACUGCUGGAGAGGCAGAGGUCAGAGGGCGUCAGCAGCCCAUCCAGGGACGACGACUCCACCCUGCUGAACCCGGGCACCCACAGCAGCAUCCUUGACGACAACACAAAGUCGGAUGCUGCUCCCUCAGAGGGGAGGGGUAAGUCAAGCGGCCUUUGCUUCAGCGAUGGGAAGAGUCGCAUCGACUACAUCCUGGUGUACAGGAAGUCCAACACGCAGUCAGAGAAGAGGGAGGUGUUUGAGCGGAAUAUCCGCGCUGAGGGCUUACAGAUGGAGAAGGAGGCUUCCCUCACGAACAGCGACGUCAUCUUUCUGAAGCUUCACGCGCCGUGGGAUGUCCUCUGUCGCUACGCAGAGCUCAUGAACAUUCGCAUGCCUUUUAGGAGGAAAAUCUUUUACAUGCAGCGACGGCAAAAGUUCAUGAGCAGGAUGGAGAAGCGCAUCAACAAAUUCCGUGGCUGGCUUCCCCGCAAGCCCAUGAAGUUCGACAACAACACUCUGCCCGACUUGGAGGAGAACGAGAGCUUCACCGCCCCCUUCAGUCGCUCAAGGAUACAUCAUUUCAUCAUCCACAACAAAGACACUUUUUUCAACAACGCCACCAGAAGUCGCAUCGUCCACCACAUCCUCCAGCGAGUCAAAUACGAGGACGGAAAAAAUAAGAUGGGGGUUAAUCGACUUUUGAGCAACAGCUCGUAUGAAGCAGCUUUCCCUCUUCACGAGGGGAGCUACCACAGUAAAAACUCCAUCAGAACGCACGGAGCAGAGAACCAUCGGCACCUGCUGUACGAGUGUUGGGCCUGGUGGGGGGUUUGGUACAAGUACCAACCACUGGAUCUCAUCAGGAGGUAUUUCGGGGAGAAGAUCGGCCUGUACUUCGCCUGGCUCGGCUGGUACACUGGGAUGUUGUUUCCUGCCGCCCUGGUCGGCCUCCUGGUGUUCCUGUACGGCCUCUUCACUCUGGACCACUGCCAGGUCAGUAAAGAAAUCUGCCAGGCCACUGACAUCAUCAUGUGUCCCAUCUGUGACCAGUACUGCCCCUACCUGAGACUGUCCGACAGCUGUAUCUACGCCAAGGUCACCCAUCUUUUCGACAACGGGGCAACCGUUUUCUUCGCCGUAUUCAUGGCUGUCUGGGCCACGGUCUUCCUGGAGUUCUGGAAAAGACGCAGAGCCGUCCUCGCUUACGACUGGGACCUCAUCGACUGGGAGGAAGAGGAGGAUGAAAUACGCCCUCAGUUUGAGGCCAAAUACUCCAAGAAGGAGAGGAUGAACCCCAUAUCUGGGAAGCCUGAGCCUCACCAAGCCUUCACCGACAAAUACAGUCGCCUUGUCGUCUCAGCAUCCGGGAUCUUCUUCAUGAUACUGGUGGUGAUUGCCGCUGUGUUUGGCAUUGUCAUUUACCGCGUGAUCACCGUCAGCACCUUUGCCGCCUUCGGCUGGGCUCUCAUCAGGAACAACUCUCAGGUGGCGACCACGGGCACGGCAGUCUGCAUCAACUUCUGCAUCAUCAUGCUCCUCAACGUGCUCUAUGAAAAAGUUGCUCUUCUUCUGACUAAUUUAGAGCAGCCAAGGACGGAGUCAGAGUGGGAGAACAGCUUUACUCUCAAGAUGUUCCUUUUUCAGUUCGUCAACCUCAACAGUUCAACUUUCUACAUCGCCUUCUUUUUGGGGAGGUUUACAGGCCGACCUGGUGCAUAUCUACGCCUCAUCAAUCGCUGGAAACUGGAAGAAUGCCACCCCAGCGGCUGUCUCAUUGACCUCUGCCUGCAGAUGGGGAUCAUCAUGGUGCUAAAACAGACCUGGAAUAACUUUAUGGAGCUCGGCUACCCGCUGAUCCAGAACUGGUGGACGCGGCGGAGGCUGAGGCGAGAGCAUGGACAGCACGCCAAGGCCAGCUUCCCUCAGUGGGAGAGGGAUUACAACCUGCAGCCAAUGAAUGCCUACGGACUCUUUGACGAAUACUUGGAGAUGAUUUUACAGUUCGGCUUCACCACCAUCUUCGUGGCAGCGUUCCCCCUGGCCCCUCUCUUAGCGCUGCUCAACAACGUCAUUGAGAUCCGUUUAGACGCCUACAAGUUUGUCACACAGUGGCGGCGACCUCUGCCUUCACAAGCCAAAGACAUAGGGAUCUGGUAUGGCAUUCUGGAAGGCAUCGGCAUCCUGUCCGUCAUCACCAAUGCCUUUGUCAUUGCCGUUACCUCAGACUUCAUCCCUCGCCUUGUUUACGCCUACAAGUAUGGACCUUGUGCCGGUCAGGGCCGAGCAGGGGAAGGAUGUAUGAUGGGUUACGUCAACGCCAGCCUCUCAGUGUUCCGGGUGUCCGACUUUGAGAACCGAUCGCAGCCCAUGACUAAUGGCUCUGAGUUUAUUGGGGAAGCUGUGAAGUACUGCAGGUACCGUGACUACAGGGAGCCUCCGGAUUCUGCCGAGCCCUACUCCUACACUCUGCAGUUCUGGCACGUCCUGGCAGCCCGACUGGCGUUCAUCAUUGUCUUUGAGCACAUGGUCUUCGCCAUCAAAACCCUGAUCGCGUACCUGAUCCCAGACCUUCCCAAGGACCUGCGGGACCGCAUGCGUAGGGAGAAAUACCUUAUCCAGGAGAUGAUGUAUGAGGCUGAGCUGGAGAGACUGCAGAAGGAGAAGAACGAGAAGAAGAAGAAAGUUCGGGCCCACCACAAGGAAUGGCCCUGAACACGCCACGCUGGUGCAACCAGACGUUUGGAAAAAAAUACAGUUUUUCAGCUGGAGUUUGGUUUUUCCAUGCACAGUGAAAAGAAAGCGAAGAGUGCUGGGUUUCCUGCAUGAUACUGGACCCUCAUACUUCCCUCCUGCUUCUGCCACGUCAGACCAGCACCUCCAAGUGGACAGCUGAUGACCUGCACCCAGCAGCGUCGCAGUGGCCCCGGAGCCCUCUUGAGUGUGUCUCGCUCUUGAACAUUCGGCAGCAGGUUUUGCAACAUGUUUUGUUUUUUUUUUUUCUUUCUCUCUCUGGAUGGUUUCGGCCACACAGCGUAUGUCUUCAGAUCCUGAAUAUAGGUUUCAAGCAAGGCUCGACUUUUACGGAUUUCUUCUUUCAGAACGUGAAAAUAACUCUGCUGAGCUUACUGAAUGACAAAACCCUGUUUACAUUUCUCCUUGUCUGAGGAGUUCACAUUUUUGCUUUAUUGUAAAUAGAGAUAUUAAUGAUAAUGAAUGUCAGGCCCUCUGCUCUGCUGUAGUGCAAUGAAAAUACAAGUUAAGAGUCUAUUAUAUCCAAGCUGUGGCUGUGUCCACAGUUUGCUUACAUUGGAAAUGCAUUUGAACUUAGAUUGAUAACUGCAGUAAUAAAAAUUAUUUAUUGUAAAGAGA